AAACCGAGAAGAAAAAACUCUGAACGUCUGUGGUUCUGGAUUUUAAAGGAAUUUGACGACCACGGUGUGUAUUGACUGUAACCAGUGCUAGAGAUACUAAGAAUAGGUUUGGUAUGCCUACACUUGCAAACAGAAAUAUCUCAACGGACCUUCUAAUGAUGCUCCCAAUGAAGUUGCUGCUCUUUGCACUGCUUCCAUUGACAGAAGCUUACAUAAGCCCGAACAACAACAACCAAAUUCCCAGAAGCUCGGAUCCGUCUCCGUCGCUAUUCUUUCUUCACAAUUCUAACUCAGCAUGUUCCGGGCACUGUCCAGAUGGGUGGGCUUACCUUAGUGAAACGAAUGCUUGCUACAAGAAUUUUUUAUGGGCGACUUUCGACGAUGCUGAGAGCCUAUGUGCUGCUUUUGGAGGACAUGUGGCUUCAAUUCACAGCUAUAGAGAAAACUCUUUCGUAGCUGAAAUGGCAAGAUCGGGUAUCAAAACGGCUGAUGAUUAUAUGGCUAAACAUACGAUGUAUAUUGGUUUGCAUGGGGACAAGGAGAACCAGAUAAUCAGGGAGGAAGAGAACGCUGUGUGCAGAUGCAUUCCGAUCACUUUGUGGAUCCCAAGAGAGAACGAGCUUAUCUGAAAUGGGCCGACAUUCCGUGCAACUUAUAUUUGAGGUCGUAUGUAUGCAAAAAGACGCUUGAAUGAGGAAGAACAUGCAUUCAAUCUUGGUGCAACAAUAUCUGCGAUGUUUCGCAUAUUCUCAUUGAUUAAAGACGUUUUUCAUGCUACAAUAAGCAAGUCUUCAU